AUGGAGAAAAAUGGCCAAGUCAACCCGAUGCCAGCUGGAGCGGCAGCUGUGGGCGCGCAGUACCAGCAGGAGCUCUGGGCUCGUUGCGCGAGUGGCAAUCAUGAACCAAAGACACAGUAUGGCGUCGUGGGCAUUAUCUGUGCGAUAUGCCUGUUCCCCAUCGGCCUUAUCCGCCUCUUCGCCGGUGCGGAUAGGAAAUGUUCGCGUUGCGGCGUACCGCUUUGA